UCAGUCGCACGACGUUUGUGUCAGUUUGUGGUGCUAUGCCUUGCUGAGUCACAUACCGUCAAUAAUAUCUCAAGUUAUACCGUACAAAGUCUCUUUGCAAAAAAAAAAAAAAAACACUCCAAAAAAUAAUUAUCAUUCGUGUAAUAAUAUAAAAAUUAUUUAAACAACAAAAAUACCAAUUUUUUGUCAACAUUUUUUGCUUUUUUUUUGCCACAAAUUUCUAACCUCUUUUGUUUUGUUAUUCAAAGUUGUUUACUCCAAAAUUAAUUUCAACCACCAUACAUAAUAUAAAAAAAAAAAAAAUACAAUUAUCAAAAUAAUGAUGCAACUAUUAAAUAAAAAUGUGCAAUAAUAAGUAAAAAAAAAAUCGAGUGAAUAAUUUGAAUAAAUAUGAAUAACCAAGAGAAAAAAAAAAAAACAAUUGAUUUUGUGAAAAACAUAACAGCAAGUGUCAUAUAUUUUUAAAUUUAUAAACAAAAAAAAAAAUAAAUCAUAGUGACAAGUGAGUAACAAAAGUAAAAUAUUAAAAAAAUAAACAUUUUAAUAUUGGAGCAAAUAAAAGAAAAAAAAAAAAAACAUAAAGUGUGUGUUGGAUGAGCGUCUUUGAUAGUUUUUGAGGUUAUUUUUAUACAUGUUACUGACCUACACUUGGUGCAACACGUACAGAUUUUUUUAUUUAACAUUUGACUGUCAAACCGUGUGGUUGAAUUAUCAAUUUAUUAAAAUAAAUAAUUAUUUAUAAUUAUUAGAAAAAACAUUUGUGGUUUAAAGAGACCAGAGAUUUGGUGAUAUUUAAAUAGACAUUUAAUUUUGACAAGUAGUAAUAAUAUAAAUAAAUUAAUAAAAAUUUUUAAUUUGACAAUGAAUAAUUGUGAUAUAAAUAAUAUUAAUGAAAAUUAAUAUUUAAUAUUUAAAAUUAUAUUUUAAAAUGGAUCUUUUGUUUGUACUUAAUGUCAAGGCUGAUCCCCUGUGACAUUCAUAACAACUUUAACAACAAAAAAUUCAUACAAAAAAACAUUGUUUAUAUUUAAAAAAAAUAAGUGCUAUUGUGAUUGGGAAAUAUUUUCUAUGUGAUAUAAAAAGAAAGAAGAAUUAGUAGUUAAUAAAAUAAGUUGAUAAGAAAAAUUAAAAAAAAAAAAAACAUGUUGGGCCUGAAGAAGUUUUACAGGGAAGAGCUUUUACAGCUUGCCCUGUUGUUGUCACUAUUACGUGUUGAUCCAGAAAGUUAUUUGGGUCUUGAUAUACAAAGUAUGGGAGUUGGAUUAAUGGAUUUAAAUAAUGGAUCUGGAUGGCAUACUGAUGCACAUACAAUAAUUCAUCGUCCAAUGUUUGUACAUCCAAAAAAUUUAGAUUCAAUGAUGUUUAAUUAUCAAAGAGAUAUAUUUGAUGAUUUAAAUUCACUUGGUAGAUAUAAUAAUAUGAAUUCUGGAAGAAAUAAUAUACAUGCAUAUUUAUUAAAUAUUGAAGAAUCAGUUAGAGAUGAUUCAGUUGCUAGUACAAGUAUUGGUGAAUCAACUGAUCCAAGGAGAGAUGUUAAUUCACCUGAUCCACCAAAUGGUACACAAGUUGCUGAAUUAACACAAGAGGACAUGGAUCUCAUCGAAGUUCUUUGGAAGCAAGAUGUUGAUCUUGGAUUACCACUUGAUCCAGAUCCAGCAAAAUUGAAUCCUUCAACAUCAGAGAAAAAAACAGUUGAUGAAUUGGAAAAAUUAAAAGCCCUGGAGGCCAUUAAUGCCACUAAAAAUGAGGAUGACAAAAAAGAACCAGAAGAACAAAAGGAAGAUGACCCUUGGGCAGGACUGUCAUAUACAAUUGACCUGGAAACUGGAGAACAUAUAUUGAGUGCAAAUAGUCCAAGUGGAAGUGGUACAACAUUUAGCAGUGGAAUUGAAAGUAGUGAUCAUUUAUUGGGUGCAUCAUCAUUAAAUCUUGAAGAUUCACCAAUUGGUUUUGUCAAUGAUUCACUUGGUCUUGAUGAUGAUUUAAAUCUUGAAGAUGAUUUUACAUCAGAAUUAUUGAGUGAUAGUUUACUUGGACCAACUGGUGUUGAAGGAUUACUUUGUAACGAUUCACUUGGUUUACCCGACGGAUUUAAUCUUGAAGAAGCUUUGCAACUUGUUGGUCUCGAUGAGGCAACACCAGAGGAUAUAAAACAGGAGGAAAUAAAAAAAAAAACACAAAAUUGUGGUGCUGAAGGAUCAAGUAGUAGUAAAGAAGAAAAAUCUCUAGAAGAUUCAGAAGCUGAAGACAUGAUUCACACACCGCAAUUUCAUCAUCCCCAUCAUUCACAUCAUCGCUCUUUUCAGAGUCGUGUACCAUUUAUGAGAGGAAUGAAUAUGGAUCAAAGAUGGCCAGAUAUAUCAUCACUUCUUUCAGUACAAAAUGGAACAGAUCAUUAUUCUCAUCCAACACAUGCUUAUCCUGGUCAUGGAAUAAGCCAUCAUCACAGUCAUUAUGAUAAUCAACGUAAUGUUUUACUUCAUAAUGCAACACUUGCACCACCAGUUGGUGAUCUUAAUUCAACUGGUCCUUAUCACAGUGUUGGUGGACCAUCAAAUUUGGGAUCAGCAGUUGCAACAUCAAUGAAUUUAACAAAUAGCAGUGAACCAAUGGGAUCAGAAAAUUCAGCAUAUAAAUCAGAACCAAGUGAUAUGAUGUAUUAUCACACACCAACAUCAGAUUCUAUUAAUCAAACAAACGAUGCAUUAUAUCAACCUUCAUUUCUUGAUGAUGAAAUUAAUUUGAUGGACAUGGUCAUGAACGACAACAUGUACUCAAUGCGAAUGCUUGACAACAGCAGUAAUAAUGCAUCAGGACCAACUGGAGCUGCUGCAUUACCUGGUGUUCAUAGUGCUGGUAAUGGAACUGUAUUAACAACAGUACCAGGUGUAACUGAUGAAAGAAUGGAUGCAUCAAGUGACAGUGCAGUUAGUAGUAUGGGAAGUGAACGUGUACCAUCAUUAUCUGAUGGUGAAUGGAUGGAGACUGGAUCAAAUUCAAGUCAUACACAAGCUGAUUCACAUUAUUCAAUGGAUUAUGCAAGCAAAUAUCGAAUGCCAUAUGAUUGUAAUUAUACAAUGGCAGGAAGAAAUGGAGUAACACCAAGAUGUCAGGGUGAAAGAAUAUCACCAGUUGCACAAAAAAAACAUCAAAUGUUUGCUAAACGUUAUUUUCAAGAACAAGGAACUGGUUCACCGUUGGGUACAAGUGGACAUCCAACGACACUAGUCAAGUAUGAAUAUGAUACACAAACAGUUGGUGCUGGUGCACCAGGUAAUGCAUAUUCUGGACCAAUUGAAGGUGCAGCUGGACCACAAGCUGAACUUAAAUACAGUUGUAGUGUUGAUUUUUCACGUCAUCAAACAGCUCCACAAUUUUCUGGUCGAACACCACUUGAUCAUGUUCAACACAAUCACACUUACCAUUUACCUGCUGAUAGCUUGGGAGCUAUGCAAAGGCCUCUUUCACGUGAUAAAAAAUCACGAAGAAGUGAUAUUGAUGAACAUUUAACUAGAGAUGAAAAACGUGCACGUGCAUUAAAUAUACCAAUUGCUGUACAAGAUAUAAUAAAUUUACCAAUGGAUGAAUUUAAUGAACGUAUGAGUAAAAUUGAUCUUAGUGAGGCACAACUUGGUUUAAUACGUGAUAUAAGAAGACGUGGAAAAAAUAAAGUUGCUGCACAAAAUUGUCGUAAACGUAAACUUGAUCAAAUAGUAACACUUGCUGAUCAAGUUAAAGAAAUGCGUGAUCGUAAAACAAGAUUAAUACGUGAACGUGAUUAUAUGUUAGUUGAAAGACAAAGAGUUAAAGAUAAAUUUAGUCAACUUUAUCGACAUAUAUUUCAGUCACUUCGGGAUCCCGAUGGUAAUCAAUAUUACUCAAAUGAAUGGAGUCUUCAACAGUCAGCUGAUGGAAAUGUUCUUUUAGUACCACGAAAUCAAACAAACUCACAUCAUUCACGUUCAAAUAUGGAACCAAAAACAAAACCAGAUCCUGAACAUAAAGAAUGAAGUUAGAUUUUAGCAAUGCUCCAAAACGAUUGAUGAUCAGGAGACAGAUAUUACAUUUAAAAACAACAACAAAUUAAUUAAUAAAGAAAAAAACAAAUAAAAAAAGAAACAAAAACAAAUUAACAAAAUAAUUUGUUAUUAUAAAGUACAGCUUUGUUUAUGUUAAUCUUGGUGGCAAUAUUUUUCAUAUACCACAAUAAUUUACCAUCGUCAACAACGAAAAUAACGACUAAUAAUUAAGUAAAAAAAAAAACAAAAAAAAAAAAACUAUAUGAUGAUUGUAUUUAAUCAUAAAAACUUUAAAAGAUUUUUAUUUCUUUUUUUUUUUUUUUUUUAAGUGUUUCAAAGAGACUGAAGUGGUUCCUUUUUUUUUUUUCUUUUUGUUUUUUUUUUUUUUUAUAUUUCACGACUAUGGGCAAAUUAUAUUUAUGAACCAGCUCAAGAUAAAAAAAUAAAACAAGAAAAAUAAAUUCUAUCAUAAUGAUGAUUUAAAAAAAAUUAAAUUUUAUUUAAAUAAAAAAAAUGCCAAUGAACAAUUGAAAUAUUAUGUUUCAAUAAAUUCCAUUUGAAAAACGUAAAUAUUUUUCGGUGAGCUUGUAAAAGCAAAAAUAAAAAAUAUUAGAUUUAAAUAAAUAAAUAUAUAAAUUAUAAAUAUAAUUAUUAUUAUAAAAUUAUUUGUUUUAUAUUCAAGAAAUAAAAUUAGAUAAAAAUUGAAAUAAAAAACAAAAAAAUUUAAUGUAAAAAUUGACAAGAAAAAACUCGUUUCGAAUUAUCGAGUUUAAAAAUUUCAAUUAAAAUGGAUAUAUAAAUAGUAAUAGCUUUUUUUUUAUUUUAAAAUUAAUAAUUAAUUAAAUAUUUUAUUAUUUAUUUAAUACUUUAAUUGUAAUGUUUUGUUUUUUUUUUUUUUUUUUAUUUAUUUUUUUUUUUUUUUCAUACGAAAUUAAAAUAAUCAAUUUAAUUCAUUUUGUCACAAAAGUAUUUCGAUGUUCUUCAGGUGCUAUCACUAAAUUUCAAUAUAAAAAAAAAUAAUUUACAACCAUGAUAAUUAAAAUGUACGUAAUUAUUUUAAAGAAAAAAACUUCAUUCUGCGAUAAAGAUAUUAUUUCUCUUUACAAUAAUUUAAGUAAAAAUUUGAAUUGAAAAAAACCAUUCAAUGUCUCGUGCUGCUUGUGCAUUUAAUUGAUUGAUAUAUAAAAAUAAAAAAAAAAUUUUUACAAUAAAUUUUGGGUUGGAUAAAAGGCAAAUGAUUGAAUAGAAAUUUUUAUAAGACACCUUGACACGUAAAAAAAAAAAAUCCUUUUUCAAUAAAAUAGAAAAAAAUAUAUUGCUUAUUUCAACACAGCAAAUAAAGAUUAAUAAUUAAUUUAAAAAAAUAAAAUAAAUAUAUUUCAGGUAUUUCACAUUUGCCUUUGUAUGUAAAUAUUGAUGUAGCUAGUAUAAUUUUCUAUAAAUACAUUACGUAAUAAUAAUGCGAUAUAAACGUUAAAUAAAAAUAAAAAAAAAAACAUAAAAAACAGUAAAUAUAAAUAAGAUAAUUGCAUAAAGAAAUUGAUAAUAAAUAAUUGAUGUCGUUAAUUUGGCAAAACAAUUAUUAUUAUUUUUUUCUUUUAUUUGUUUAUUUUAUUUUUUAAAUUAAUAUUCAAUAAGGAUCUAUUGUUUUUGGCAUAGUACUUGUGGUGUAGGAUAAACGAAAAAAAAAUACAUUUUUUCUUUCACGUACCGUACUUGACGAACGAAAAUUGUGCUGUUGAAUAUUCUUUGGAAAUAAAAAAAAAGAGAAA